AAAAAUAAGUAAAAAAAACCCGAAUCGAAUCAACCCAUCGUUGAUGAAUGAGAGUCGAGUAGUGAAACAGAAUGGGCAAAUCCAAAUGGGUAUUAGUUUGAUAAAAAUGUUAGUGAUUUCAUUUUAGAAUCCAGGAUCAUAUUAGGUUAAAAAAGUGUUAAACAAUAUUAAAUGUCUAAUUAACAUAAAUUAAUGGUGGGAACCCACUUAUUUGUGCAUUUACAGUUAUUCGUGUAACACGUAUUUUGUGCAUAGAGUUCAAGCAUUGAAUUAGGCCACAUAGCGAUCUCUCCCUAAAAUACCGCUGUUCUGGCUGUCGACGUAUCAAGACGGGCAAUCAAAGGUGUGAGGUGGGAGAGUGAUGAUCAGGAAGGCCGCGAUCUAAUGUGAUGUCAUCAAAAGGGGAAACAGAGGCCGAUUCUGGCACCGUGUCGCCAAACUUGUCAGCUGUUAAAAAUGAACCAGGAGCCACAGUAAGCAAAGAAACCCCAAAACGGGGUAGCGGCGGCACACUGCUGAAAUGCACCACAUGCAACAGCUUCAGCACGCUGAGCAGCCGCGCGCUCACCACACACAUGGCGCAGUGUUCCCCCGACAACAACAAUGUGGCGGCCACACAGAACGCGGACGCGCGGCCGCACAGAAAACUGUUCGAAUGCGACGUAUGCAAUAUGAAGUUUUCGAACGGCGCGAACAUGCGGCGCCACAAGAUGCGGCACACGGGGGUCAAACCGUACGAGUGCCGCGUCUGCCAGAAGCGGUUCUUCCGCAAGGACCACUUGGCGGAACACUUCACCACUCACACUAAAAGCUUGCCGUACCAUUGCCCCAUCUGCAAUCGAGGGUUCCAGCGACAGAUCGCGAUGCGCGCGCACUUCCAGAACGAGCACGUGGGGCAACACGACCUGGUCAAGACUUGCCCGCUGUGCAGCUACCGCGCGCCCACCAUGAAGAGCCUCAGAGUUCACUUCUUUAAUAGACACGGCAUCGAUCUGGACAACCCAGGCCCCGGCAACAACUCUGUUUCCCUGCUCGCCGCCGGGAUCGCGAACGCGGCGUACGCGGACGGUACGAUGGACCCGAGCGCCAUCAGCGCCCUGGGCGCGCUGGGCUCGGGGCUGUCCGUGUCCGUGGCCGCGGCCUACUCCGACAGCGGCGACAGCAACGGCGCGCGCUCGGCCGACAACGCCACGCCGCCCAUGCACUACCUGACGCCGCACGUCGAGAUCUCCAUGGCCGACAACAACGAGACCUUCUCACCGCAACUGAAUAACCACCAAGAAUCACGCAUGAACGGCGAAGGACCCAGCUCGCCGCAGUCGGGCGACAGCGCCGUGGCCAGCAGCUCACUGUCGGCCGGCCUGCCCACCAACAUCACGCCGUCCAUCACACUCAUACCCAUCAAACAGGAGCCCCACACGCAAGAGGAGUCGGGGCGCGAGGGUGACAACGAGCCGGAGAGCAACGGCAAGGACAAGCGCGACGUGUCGUCGAGCCUGUCCUCGCUCAUUAAGGUGUCGCCACUUAAGAGCCUGCUGCGCGAGGACCUGCGGCGUCGCAUCUCUGCGCGAGGACGCUCGCGCGCCAACAAUGCCUCCCGGGCGUCGCCGUCCGAGGGCGGCGUGAUCACAUCAACGCACGGCGAGGCAGCCCUGACGCCCGCCUCGCUCGUAUGUACCUUCUGCUCCAUCACCUUCCCUGACUCCACGUUGUACUUCCUGCACAAGGGCUGCCACUGCGACUCUAACCCCUGGAAGUGCAACAUUUGCGGCGAGCAAUGCUGCAACGUGUACGAGUUCAACUCGCACCUGCUGAGCAAGAGCCACCAAUGACUGUUUGCGGGGGGGCCGUUCCGACGCUGACCUGACUCUUGAGGCCAGUAGCUCUGUUCCUUAUCUCAGUGCCUAUGUCGUUUGACACACUAUGGCGCGUGCUAAUAAAACGAUUCGAAAAGCGCUGCAUUAGUCAUUCUGUCUCACUUACACAAUAUAUCUGUCAGUGUGUGAGUGAGACGGAAUGAUUAGCGCUGCUUCGUUCCGAUUAGUGUCUCUAUAGGCACGCGUUAUACGAAAACUGUCGAACUCCUAAUUUAGUUACUAGCUAGCUUUGGUAACCAACCAAGAUGACUGACUCUCGGUGAUAGGGUGCCUGCCCUCCCACUCAAAUGGAGCGAAGCGGAUUGUAGACAAGCACCAUAAAGACACGUUUUUGUUGGACACUUUUCGUAAUGUCCAGCUAAAUUACAUGGCACUGAAAUACGGAAUAGGAAUGCUGGACGGACCCAAGGCGCGAUGGUAGCAACACGGUAGAACUCUUACAAUUUGUAAUAAUAAAGAACUGUAUGAAACGCGUUACAAUACGAAGUCAAAGGUUCAAACAGUUCCUUGCAUUAUAACUUCUAAGAGCUGUAUUGGAUACGUUGCAGUCACGCGUUGUGUCUGCCCAAGCCUUUAUACAGUACGACCACUAAUAUAAGUUGUAGGUUGCAAAACGGGCGUAACGCACAACCCUUGUUCAGUUUGAGGCCUUAAAUGGUGGGCGUUAUAUUUCUUUGAUGCCUAUUGCCUAUAUUAGUUCUUUGACGCGAACAACGAAUUUAAAUUAAAGAGUGCGUUUCCACUGAAGCGGAGCGACGUGUUUUCGACCAAUUAAGUUAUUGAAGAUGACGUGAUAAAAUAUUACGUCACCUAAAAAUAAUCUGAUUGGUCAAAACACGUCUCCGUUCCACUCUGUUUUGACGUUAGUCGGACAUUUGCCUUUUUCCGUGCAUGAAAAUUUAUGCGCUGUAUUUGAAUUUAGUGUAGGCAAGCCCGAAUUGGAGCCUAGAUUUUAAUGCCCAGAAAGAGAGAAACUAAAGCAAACUAAACAAGGACUUAUGGAAUAUAGAAGAUACUAAAUUAAGUUGAAGUCCAAAAAUACAAGGGGUUGUUUGAAGCAAUACCGACAAUUGGAAGACACCACCAUGUGAGUGUACGCAGUCUACGCCUGUACAUUGUAACUUAUAAAAGUGGUGGUACUGUACUGCACUCUAUACGUGUGCAUACUGUAAGCACUUCCCACUAACCCCACUUCACCUUUACACUUUGUCUCACAUGAUUUCCGUUUCCCUGGCCUGUAAUUUUCUAUCGAGCCUCUUCCCGGAAGUGCUUCGACUAUGCUAUACGCUGAACGUCCCCCCGAAGUUGUAAAAACUUAAAAAGUGCAAAUUAUUUUUGAGGGUUAUUUAGUGGUAAUUGUAGGUAAAUGAGCGACGAUAUUUGUAUGGAUAUUUUAGUGUUAAAAUUGUGUUGAUAGGAUAAAUUCGGAAUUCGGGUGCGAUUCGACCCUUUCGAAGCCCGUUCCACAGCGGACAAGCUUCGUCCACAAAUCCACAUUCCAAAUUGUAAUCUAUGCAUUCCAUUAUUAUUCGAGAUUGAGAAACUUAAACGUAGACUUUGGUGGGGAAUGAAGUGAUACUUGAAUUUUUAUUGUCUUGAAAGAUUUUUAUUUAUUAUUUAAUUAAUUUCUCUGUACUUAACUGUACAUGGGCGUUAAUCGAAACAAUAUUUAUAGAGUAUUUUUGGUGCGAUAGUGAAUUUUACAAAUGUUUAUUAAGACCUAUGGUAAAGAGUGUACAAAUUAAUAUAUUUUUACAUUUCGCUGUUGACACGAUGUUUGUAUAGAAAGGCAAAGCCUUAUUUUUCCAUGAUUAUUUAAUUUUUUGUGAUCGCUAUAUCAGACCGGAAUUAUGAAUUCUACAUUCCGUUAAUUUAUAUUUCUUUUUAUCUCAUAAUAUGCAUGUGAUGCAAGUCCACGACUAAUACUUAAUGUACAAGUUGUUUUUAUUAUUUAUUUUCUAAAUUGAUUAUAGUGAUGUAGCAAUACAUUCGCAUGUACUUAAAAUUUAUCAAUUUGUAGCAAAUAGGUUAUAAAGUGAAACGAAACUGACCAUUAUAAGAAAAACGCACUUGCUCAAUAACAUGAUAAUGGCUCAACAAAAUAUAUAAAAAGUGCUUCAUAUUUCGUUGCGUCGUUCCUCGCACAAAAAGAUUGAUUUCUCACACACACUUAAAUAUAUUGCGUGCUUAUAAUGGUGUCUAAUUGUAAUUAUUACUUAAUUUUUUUAUUCUACUUAAUUGGUAAUUAUUCCGUCACAUAAUGAGAUUGUCUGUGGUAUGGAAAUCGAUUUUAGCAAAUAAUCUUUUAAAUAAUUUCUGUAUUUUUUUUUGUAAGAAAGUAAGGCAAGGUGUUGCUCAAGAUUCGCUCGCAUCGAGUUGCGAAACCCUGUUUUUAGUUUGCGAUUUUAUUGGAGAUACAAGAAUAGCAAAGGCUUCUUAAACAUUAGCUUUUAAGUUGAGUGUCCAAUAGCAAUAAAACCUGCAGGAAUCAGCUCUGGCAAGUCACUUGCAAUAUAGAUAAACACUUGCAGCAGGAUCAACUUCUGCAAGUUUUUAUAUUAAAACUUGAAUUAGCUUAACUGAUUUCAAGUUUUAUUGCUAGUGGACACUUGGCAUUAGAAUUAAUCACUUCAGUACUUAAAAAAAUAUGAUUUGAGCAUUUAGCAACUUUUAAACGAAAGUAAUCUAAUCCAAAAAUUUAAAUUUUUGUCUAAACUUCUACAUUUUUACUACCUAUCGCUCCUAUCUUGUGUAACUAUACUAUUUAGCCAAAGUGAAUUGGUAAUGUUAUUUUUUCCAUAUUUUUAGUGAAAAUUAUUAAAAAAAAUAACUCUUAAUAUUCUAAAGGCGAAAGUUUGUGUGUAUGUUUGUUACUCUUUCACGUAAAAAGUACUGGACGGAUUUGGCUGACAUUUGAAAUAGAGAUAGAUUAUGCCCUGGAUUAACACAUAGGCUACUUUUUAUCCCAGAAAAUCAACGAGUUCCCACGCGAACGAAGUUGCGGGCAUCAGCUAGUCCAAUUAUAUGUUCUGAAAUUUCAUAUACACAGUUAUAUGUAAGUAGAUAAAUUACUUUAAUUUAACUUUUCUGUUUGGAUUGGGUCAUUUUCGUUUUUGUAAGGUGUGCUCGGUUCUUAUAAUGAUUGUAUAAUGCUAGUGCAAUAUCAUUCCGGUAUAAUAACGUAGGUGUUUCUAACAUUCCACGAGCAUCUACAAUCAGUAGGGCUAGCUAUCAAAGUUGUGAUAAUCACAGCUAUUGGCUGAAUUUGUGCUAUACUUGCCAAAAUGGUGCAUUUUAUCCAUUAGUUGAGUGAGAAGUUGUAUAGUAACUGUAAAAUUGUCGUGCUACAGCCUCAGAUGAAAAUGAGCUUGAAUAAGAACCGGGCAAAAUUAUACAUGGUGACUUUUUAGUCGCCUUACAAAAGCAAACCAGACAAUGUACUUAAUGUAGCCAGUAGUAAUAAAAUAAAAAUAUUUUACAUUCCAAAAAAAAAAGAUUGAAUAAAUUACGUACCAUACGUCGAAUUUUGCUUGAGACUAAAAAACAUGAACGUCACCUGAGCACCGCUUUAAUUUUGCUCUAGAAGACCUAAACUUUAUAAAGAACGAAAUUGACAUAUUUUUAAUUGAAAUGAUUCUUUUUUUACUCCUAAAGCAUAGUAGACACUCUGUACAUUAACUGGUUUGUUUUGUAAGAGGACUGAAGUCAUCGUGUAUUGGUGGGUCCAUUUACGUUGCGUAUAUCACCCCUAAAACUGAGAUUGACAUUCCUGUAGCUAAUAAGUACUUAAUAUCGGUUGUGGUCUUGCCUGUUAAGUUUAACGAAGUCGACUUAGGUGGAACUGAAAUUAUGUUUACCAACGAAGUUAUAUUAUUGUUUUGUUAUUGACUUUGCUGUAGAGUAAGGGAGUCGGUUCGCGGCAUGGACCUAGUGAGUUACCUGAACGAGCAACACAUAUUUAUUUAUAGAUAUUCUUAUAUUCUAUUGUCAUUGUUGGUUUUUUAUUAUUAUUGUGUAGUCUUGGAUAAUUUUUUUGGUCCCGACCGCCGCGCCGCGAGCUAGCACUAAGCGUAGUUUAAACUUAAGAGCUAUUAAUAUUAUUAAUCGGUAACCCCAUUUGGGCGCCUUUAAUUAAUCCGUCCAUAUCUAACGAUAGAUAUUGCCUUUAAUAUUUAAUAGAGAUAAUAUAUUUAUAGAUUAUAUUAGCGUAACCUUAAGAAGAGAUCUUAAUUAUAAAACGUUUACAGAAAUGCAGAGGUUUACAGAUAUAGUUAAAUUUAUAUUUAUGUGUAUUACCCACUUGUCGUGCAGAGGAUCUGUAAAGAAGUAUCGACUACCCACUGUUGAGUACUUUAGAGUAAAAGCCCCUGUACACGUGUAACAGUGUCGUAAGGUAUGUAAUAUAAUCAUCGAAGUAUUGAUCAGUAGCUUGUACGUUGAUACUUUUUGUGGUUCCCCAAUCGGACGAACGAUUUCACACGAUUGAUCGAGCGUAAGUUUUGGAAACUUCGACUUGGUUAUUUUGAAUGCAGACGUCUAAUUGUUGCAAUUUAAUGUUCUAUUUUUGUGUGGUUUUAGAUAAUUUAUAGAAACAGAUAAACUUAUUUGUUUUUAAAGCAAUCCAUGCAAAAUGACGUCAAUUGUAUAGUUAAUUUUUAGCUGUAUUUCAAAUUAUGUAUAGAAGAGGUUUGACGACGUGUUUAACUCCUAUGAUGAUCAUCGAUGAUUUGGUUUCAAGUCAACUGUCAUUUUGAAUUAAGAGACGUGCAGUUGUAUUUAUACAAACCAUAGGUUUCUAAGGAUAGAUAUAUUUCUCUAUUGGACUGUAAGUCUAAAAAAGGAUUUUAAUAUUACCAAUAAAUGACACUUUUUAUCUUUUCGCUUUCCCAUGAUACUGAGUUAUGUAAAUAUUUCAUCAAAAUGGGUUCUUCAAUUUCAUAUUGUAGCCUUUAUAAUAUUGUUGUACAUAAUAAUAUUAUAUCACUUCAUAAUCAUCUGUUGUCUCAAUUUUGUGUAAGCAAAUCGAUUUCUACCUUAUCUUUGGGAACCUGUGGUAUAAAUCAACAAUUAUGAUUUUAAAUCAGCAAAUCAGAAUUUCUAGUAAAUUGUUUCUUGGUUUGUAAAAGUAAAUUGAUAUUAAUAGUUCAAAUAGCCUUCUUUUCGCUAAAUAUACUUUAUCAAACAGAAAUGCUGUAGCAUAGCAGUCCUCACCUUAAUACCAAAACACAGCUUACCAACAUUUUAAUUUGUUUUAAGUUGUUAUAUGUGUGUAAUACAUAGUGUAAGUAAAUUGUUUUAAAAGCAAUUAGUUGUAAACGGUAGACGAGUUGAGAUCAUCGUUGAUAUUUGCUGUUACAUUUAUUAUGUUAUCAUUAUUAAAGAGUAAUAAUAACAUAUUUUACUAAUAUUUAAUGAAGAAAAAACUAUUUAUGAUCUACCAGUUUUAAACGAGUGAUAGUAAACGAUAUCAAAUUUUAGCAGAUUGUGCCUUAGAUCAGUAAUUUAAAUAAAUGAGAAUAAUAUUAUAUAUCAUGUUUUCGAAAAUUAUUUAGAUGUGUGACGUUUUAUCUUUUAACUAAGUAUAUUGUGUCACAUUAAAAAUAUAUAUUUACACUGAAGUAUUAAAAUAAAUGGAAUGUUAUUUAUUUAUGUAUAGUGAAAUAUAUUUGCAAUAUGGCUGUUUUGCUUGUUUUUAUAAUGGAAAAUUUUAUUUGCAGUUGAAUAUAUUUGUCGUCUUGUUAUGAUGAUCUAGAAAUAUAAAGGAAUGGUACUUACCAAGUAUGUAGUUCUAUUUAUUUACUUAUAAUAAUUUGGUAAAGGGUCUAAUGAAACAUUAAUAAACUAUGAGAUAAAUUA